AUGGCCACGAUCGAAAGCUUGAAAGUACCAAAUAUCGACAAUGCUGCUACUUGCCCUGAACUUGGAAAUGAGCACAUUAACCUCAAGUAUCCUGCAGCACAACAUUCACGCACCUGGCAAUUAUCUUCUAAUGCCUUGCUAGCUAGCACAGAUCCCCCAUCCACACAUAGGCCUGUGGAUCCACCUGAUGCUCUGCCUGGAAAUUUGUGCACCACAUCAUACAACGCUCCUUCAUCCACUCAAAAAUCUGAAACCCAAAGUUCCAGUGUGCAUGUUGAAGGUUGGGAUUGGUCUUUCGAGUCCAAUGGUGAGACGUUCGAAGGUCUGCAAUUGCAGCAGAGCUAUGGAAAGAGCAGACGUUGCAACGCGCAAGCUGCAGACUUGAGAUGGAUGAUUCCUCCACCGAAGAUGAAGAAUUACACCUGCUGGUCAUGCUGUAGCGUCGACUUUGGUGACGCUGCAAUACCAGGCAACAAGACGAUCGAAAUGGAGAAAACACACCCCUUUGAUGGCAGAAAUGUCAUCUAUGUCCACUACCCAUACUUCUAUGACAUGACCACCAAUGGCUUCGAAUUGACAAACCAGCUAUCAUCUGGCACCACUGGUGUUCUUCCAGCUUCAAGCUUGACCGGGAGGAAGCUGUCUAGAAUUCUUGUAGAGUUGGAACCCCAGAUGUGA